GAUUUAUCUGCAGCAAUUAGAAGAGCCAACUGAUAGCUUGGUCAAUGUCGUGUGUCGGUCGGGUUGGUGAUAAGCUGGACUUUGAGCUGGCGAUUUGAAUGCUUCUACCUGGCGCCAAGGAUAAAUACCAGAAACUUUGGGGAUUUUUCGCUUACAUGCUGCGGCUGCAGUCGAUGAACGGUAUGUGUUUGAAACGUUACACCCAACCAACACCAUGAAACCCAAUCGGAGAUUUGUUCAAAUGAAUGUUGUUUGUUGUUAGUGCUUACUAAUCAAAUCUUGGUUUAUUGGCUUAUGAAAUGUGCAAGAUAAAAACCGACUUGCUAAUGACUGCCAAGUUAUAUUGGAAAGAAAUAUUUUAGUGUUUCACGGUUUCCUGGCGCGCAAACAUGCAGUAGUUUAGAAUUUUUGUUUGUUUGGGAUGGUGAUGCGCGCUGUAGGUGAUUCUGGCCGGUUUCAAUAACUUUUUCUAAUGCUGCAGAAAUUCGUGGUCGCUUGACUAAUUAGUGUUAAUUCGUGUUUUUGCCUUAAUCGUCUCAAAAUGUGCUGGUUUUGUUGUCGCUGCCGCAAAAAGCAUCAGGAUGAUGAUUUCAUUUAUGAUGUCCAGAAUACUAAGCAGGACUUAUCGCCUAUUGAUCAGCCCAUAGUCCAGAGCAACACCAUAGAGGAGCUGAAGUUGAAAUUGGAGAAAAAGGAUCCUUUGAUUAAGCCCAGAUCGAAAUCACCAGCCAGUCCGGUUUCACCCACUCAAUUGCCGGAAGAAGCAAGGGAAGAAAUGAUUCCGGAACGACGAUCACCCCCCUUACUAACUGACGAUGGUCUCAUAGCCCCUAGAAAACCCAUAAAUCCCGUUCGGGAAGAUCCGGGAAGACAAAGUCUUCACAGGGAAUUAUUAUUUAAUCAAAAAAUUGGAAAAAAUGUUCUGAAUCAGAAGUCGGAACUGCAAAGAGCGCUGGAAAAGCACAAGGACAAUGUGGCUAAAAAGCAACUGGAAAGUUACGUUGCUGAGAAAACCCCCGAGUUAGAGAAAGUGAUCGCUGAUCGAGCCAGGCGACUGGAGAGCCCCGCUAAAAAAGACAACGAAGACGAUAAGGUCAUCAACAAGGAGUUUCUCCAAGCCAGAAUGAAGCUGAAGUCUACAAGCGAAUCAAAGUAGAGCAUCGAAUUUUCUCAACAGUUACAUAGCAAAAAUAUAGAUAUAUUUAUUGUUAAAAUGAAUAUCAACCCCCCAAUAGAGUGAGUCGUAACACUCACAUAUGAAAAUGUGAAGAUUUGCUACGGCUCGCUUAUAAGGAAGCAGAUCUUUAAAUCAGCAAACCUGUUAAGGUUUUUUUCGUGUAAGUUAUAGCAACCCUUCUAGUAAUAACGGUUUUGUAUAUGUAAAGUGUUAAUGUGAUACAUGUAAGAAUGCGACCUAGUUAAGGAGACUACAGUGUAUGUGUUGCCUAUUUUUAAGUUAGGAAUUAGUUUGUUUCACUGUAUAUUAACUCGUAUUAGUCAAACAUCCAUACAUAUUUUUCUUACAA